GCCAUUACCGCUCGGACUUGCCGGCCGGCGGGACGUUUCGGUAAGCGGCUAAGCGGCCUAGAGUCCAUGUAAACAAAUGAGCCGCUGCGAAUAGUAAAUAAUAUAUAUUCAGGGAUCGUAGGCGGUCGGCUCGCAGUUUGCCGUCGCUACUUGCUCUGAACUAUAGAGUCUCUACUUUUGCUCGUUUGUUGGAACAGUGGACAGCAUGGACAAGGACGGAAUAUCUGGGUGGGGCUGGUGGCAGGCGCGCAUCGCGUUGCUGCUGGCGCUGCCAGUGCUGCUGACCGGCAUGUACGGCACCAACUACGUGUUCCUGGCUGCGCACACGCCGCACAGGUGUCACAUCCCAGAAUGCGAAGGUAACAGCACGCUCCUAGAUGUCUCCGAGGAAAGCUGGGCUCCCGACUGGGGGGUGUGGGCGCUGCACCCCGACUCCGUCUGCGAGCGACCACAGGCCGUAGACGGCAGCUGUAGCGCUUCGUCAUUUAACAGCUCGGCUUUGCUAGUCUGUGAUGGAUUUGUUUAUCAGCAUAGGAGCAGCAUUGUUUCUGAGUUCGGUCUGGCUUGUCAGGAAUGGAAGCGCACUCUGGUGGGCACUAUCCACAACGUGGGAAUGCUGGUGUCGUUGCCCAUCAUGGGAUAUGUUUCCGACAGAUGGGGUCGCAGAGCAGCCCUGCUAUCGAGUGGCGUGGGUGCCGGUUUCCUCGGUCUCUGCAAGUCGUUUGUCAACUCGUACCCUGCCUACCUCGCCAUGGAGUUCCUGGAGACUGUGUUUGGCGCCAGCGUCUACCCAGCUGCUUUUGUGUUGAUGAUCGAGUGGCUGGGAGUUGAACAGAGAAUCUUGGCGAGCUUACUGCUUGGCAUUCCCCUAGCAGCUGGAGCAGCCACCUUAGCCCUGCUGGACUACCUGACAGGUUACUGGCGAACGUGGGCCCGAUUCGCGUAUCCUCCGUCCUUCCUACUCCUUCUUUACCCUUGGCUGUUACCAGAGAGCAUCAGGUGGCUAGUAGCCAAGGGAAGAUUAGCGGAGGCAGUUAAUGCUAUGAAGAACGCAGCGAGGGUCAAUAAGGUUGCAAUACCCGAAGAUACUCUGGAGCGAAUGUUGGCCAAAGAUCAGAUAACUGAGAAAGUUGAACAAGUUGUCGAAGAGGAGAGCUUGUUUAGAGCUUUUAUAAAGUACAGCGCCCUGCGCCGGCGGCUCUGCGUGUGCUUCGCUUGGUGGGCCUCCGCUGUGUUCGUGUUCUACGGCCUAGCUGUCCGCGCGCACGCGCUGGCCGGCUCAGCUCACGCGAACUACGCUCUACUGGCCGCUGCCGAGCUCCCGGCCUUGAUCAUUAACACGCUGCUGAUGGACCGCGCGGGGAGACGGCCGCUGCUGACGUCAGCGUUCCUUUUGACGGCGGUUGCGCUUAUUGCUAUUCCAUGUUUGCCUAACCAGGAGGGCAUAGCGGGCACGCUGCUGUUCCUGGUGGGCAAGGCGGGCGCGACGAUGGCGCUGAACGCGCUCUACGUGUACACGGCCGAGCUGUUCCCCACCAGCGCGCGCCAGCGCCUGCUCGCGGCGUGCUCCACCUGCGGCCGCAUCGGGGCCAUACUCGCGCCGCAGACUCCGCUACUGGCGGUAUACGGCAACUGGGUGCCCACGACGCUCCUAGGCGCCCUGCCGCUCAUCAGCGCGGCGCUCACCCGCCUCGUACCCGACACGCUCGGCCGCCGCCUGCCGGACUCCUUCGCGGACCUCGACUCCAGCGCCACUGACAUCACCAACCUGGCCUGAUGCACCGAGGAGUAUAAUAUGGAUCUCAUUUAGGAUAACGCGAUAUUUAGGCUAGAUGUUUGUAUAAUACGAUCAAGUUUAAAAGGUUAUGGAGACUCGAGUGGAACGACAUUCACAGUUUAGGACGAUAGUGCUAUUUGAGGAGGUUAAACUGAGGUGAUUAAUAUAAGGGAACUAUAUUUGCGUUUAACUAGACGCUUAAAAUUAAGGAGUAUUUAUUAUUACAUUCAGAUUUCCCAUUCGUUUCGCAUUUAAAUUUACAAUUUGCAAUAUUUGUAAAAACUUAUUAUGUACAUUUUUUCUUGAAGUAAAAAAUUUAUGUAAUGUUAUUUAUGUUUGCUCAUUUUUAUAUGAUUAAUUAUUAUGAACAAUUAUUCAAGGGAGGCGGUCGAUUAAAACCAUUACUUGCUUUAUGUUGAAAGUGAUACCUAUCUGUUAAAGUUUUAUGAGGAUAUAGUUACAUAUACUAU